UUCAUCACCCAAAAAAAUUAGUUUGCGUGUUGUUACAGACGUGUUGUCUUUGACUAUUUUUGUUUUAAAUGUUUUAACUGAUAUACUUUAAUUUUGUUAAAUUGUUAUAUCAAGACAAAACUCAGUAACAUUAUUAUUACUGAUAUAAUAUGAGGAGUUGUAUUUGAAAUUGCAGUUUUUGGCACUACGUCACAAAAUCAGAAAGAGAUGACAAUGCGUAUUUUAACUAUUUUUUAGUUUACAAAAACUCAUUUAGAUCGAAAAUUUUCCAUUUCUGCUACAAUUAUCUCGACUGUGUAAGUUUUCAAAAACUGUAUUUUGAAUUCAUCACAUCAUAGACAAGUACAAUGAAAAUUGCUAUUAUUGGUGCCGGGGCGGCUGGUUUGUGUGCCGGGAGACACUGCUUGCGAGAAAAUAUCGCAUUUGACAUUUUUGAACAAACUGGGAAUUUGGGGGGAACAUGGAACUACACAGAUCUAGUAGGUUGUGACGAAAACGGCGUACCAAUUCAUUCCUCUAUGUACAAAGGUCUAAGAACGAACUUGCCGAAAGAACUGAUGGCCUUUGAGGAUUUCCCAUAUCCCAAACAAAAUCGUUCUUAUUUACUACAAGACGAAGUUCUAGAUUACGUUAGAAGUUAUUCGGAUAAAUUCCACAUCAAUCCUCAUAUCAAAUACUUUAAACGCGUGAUCAGGAUUGAGCGUCAAAAUUUUUUAUGGUCUGUUCAUUACGAAGAUGUUAAAAAUAAACAGAAAGAUAUGGAACAUUACGACGCUGUUAUUAUUUGUAAUGGUCACUACAGCGAUCCCUUCAUUCCCGAUGUUCCAGGAAUUGAGAGUUUUUCAGGAAGAGUUAAACACAGUCACGAUUACAGAACACCUGAACCUUAUGCAAAUAAAAAGGUGUUGAUUCUUGGUUCAGGUCCUUCAGGACUAGACAUUUCGCAACAGAUUUCCAACGUAGCCACGAAGGUAUUCCUGAGUCAUAGAUCGAAAGAUCCUCUACCAGUUCCAGAUAUUUUGCAUCAGAAAUGUUUAAUUAAAGAAUUUGUCGAAAACAAGGCAAUUUUCGAAGACGGCACGAGCGAAGAAAUUGAUGAUGUUGUUUUCUGCACUGGUUACAAUUACAAUUUUCCUUUUUUAUCCACUAACUGCGGAGUCAAAAUCACCGAUAACUACGUUCACCCGUUGUAUAAACAAAUUAUUAGUAUAGAAAAUCCCACGUUGGCUUUUCUUGGUAUUCCAUUCAAAGUAUGUCCUUUUCCACUAUUUGAUAUACAAGUCAGAUUCUUUUUGGCCACACUUACUGGUCAUUUUAAGCUACCGAAGAAAGAAGAUAUGUUACAAGAGUUAGUUGAGGAAGAAAAACGGAAGAGUGGUUUACCUAGACCAAAAUACCAUGAACUGGGCAAAGCCCAAGGAAGUUAUUUUAAUGACUUGUCCGAAACAGCAAAGAUCAAAAUGGUACCUCAAGUGGUACAAAAGUUGUAUGUGAGGGUUAUGAUGAACCGAAAUCGAAACAACUGUUUUGAGAUUAUUGAUGAUGACAAUUUCGUGCAAAUAUAAUGUUAAUGUGACUUUGUAAUUGUGUUUUGUGCAUAAUAUUAAUUGAAAAUAAAUUUUAUUUGCACUUAAAA